CUCUUUGCGUCACAGAAUUCAGGAACCAAUUCGCUUCGGCUCGUCCAUCUUCAACUUGGUUAGGCCCCCGUUGCAGAUGAUGAGUCCGUUGAAAGUUGCGUAAGGCUCUUGGCGGAAACGGUUGCCUUCAUCCAGUUGCGCAGUGUCAAGCUUGUUCCCGCGGGAUAACGAAGGUGCUCUCCGUCAUUCCAGUUUGGAAAAAGUGGAUUAGCUGUUGAGGAUGUUAUGCCAGUCCUCCUUAUGUUAAUUUCUUGAAGAUAAAAGGUGACUGUCCACACUGCCUUGGAGAACUCAUCAGCAAACAUCAUCAACACUGCAACUCCAACAGCCAAACUCACACGCAUUUCCACUCCGUACUCUUGUCGUAUAUCGCCUUAAAAUGUCUUCUUCACACGCAUCUUCGCUUCGUCAAUCCGAGCCGCUCCUCCCACCAAAAUCUCUGAAGGAGCCUGUCGAGCCAUUAUCCCCUCCCGCGUCCACGGCCAUCAAAGUCUUGUCCGUUGUUCGAAUUGCCGUCGGAGCGGCGUUCACAAUAGCACCUCGCUUCAGCUUUGCCCUUUCGCAAUUCCCGAUUCCUGCGGCAUAUGCGUUCAUGCCCCGACUCUUCGGCAUCCGCGACCUGGCUCUCGGCGAGCUACUUCUCACGGCUGAAGACAAGAACAGUCCAGACGGUGGCAGGAGGGAGAUCAAGCGUACCCUCUGGGCGGGUAUUGGGUGUGACCUUGUCGAUGUUGCUGCCGUGGCAUAUGGAGUGGCUAACGGGACGCUUCCGAAACCGCCAGCGUUGAUUAUCGGGGGUGGUGCAAUUGCAUUCAUAGCAAUGGCGACGAUCGGUAUGCGUGGCUUGGAGAAAGAGAAGGCUCGGGCAUGAUUGAAUCAAG